CGCGCGGCGUGAGAGAGGGCGGGGCGCGCGUACGGGCGCCGCGGCCGCGUGACGCGUUUUCAAAUCUUCAACCGCCGCAGCCCACUCGUUUGUGCUUUACCUCUUCCUCCUCCGCGCCUUGGAGCCGAACCCGGCCCCGGAAACCCGGACGGUAGACGCGGCAUCUCUGCUGCGUGGGUGUGGUAGUCUGCGGAAGGGAAGAGAAGACCCGCGGAUAAAUCGGCCUCGACGCGCUGUGUUUUCGUGGCCGCCCGGCGCGACACUCUCCCAAACCCAGUAUGUAGGUGCCGGGCGGCUGCCAUGAACUCCGUAGCCAUGAGGAUCCACAGCAAAGGACAUUUCCAGGGUGGAAUCCAAGUCAAAAAUGAAAAAAACAGAUCAUCUUUAAAAUCUAUGAAAACUGAUAACAAACCAGAAAAAUCCAAAUAUAAGCCACUAGGGGGAAAAAUAUUUUACAUUGACUUACCUUCUGUCACCGUAUCUGAAAAACUGCAAAAGGACAUUCAGGAUCUGGGAGGGCGAGUGGAAGAAUUUCUCAGCAAAGAUAUCAGUUACCUUAUUUCAAACAAAAAGGAAGCUAAAUUUGCACAAACGUUGGGAAGAAUUUCUCCUGUACCAAGUCCAGAAUCUGCAUAUACUGCAGAAACCACCUCACCUCAUCCCAGCCAUGAUGGAAGUUCUUUUAAAUCUCCAGAUUCAGUGUGUUUGAGCAGAGGAAAAUUAUUAGUUGAAAAAGCUAUCAAGGACCAUGAUUUUAUUCCUUCAAAUAGUAUAUUAUCAAAUGCCUUAUCAUGGGGAGUAAAAAUUCUUCAUAUUGAUGACAUUAGAUACUACAUUGAACAAAAGAAAAAAGAAUUAUAUUUACUCAAGAAAUCAAGCACUUCUGUAAGAGAUGUGGGGAAAAGAGUAGGUAUUGGUACACAGAAAGCAAGAACAGGUAGACUUAAAAAACCUUUUGUAAAGGUGGAGGAUAUGAGCCAACUUUAUAGACCAUUUUAUCUUCAGCUGACCAAUAUGCCUUUUAUAAAUUAUUCUAUUCAGAAGCCCUCCAGUCCAUUUGAUGUAGAUAAGCCAUCUAGCAUCCAGAAGCAAACGCAGGUUAAACUAAGAAUCCAAACAGAUGGCAAUAAAUGUGGAAUCCCAAUUCAACUCCAGUUGAAAGAGAAGAAAAAAAAAGGAUACUGUGAAUGUUGCUUGCAGAAAUAUGAAGAUCUUGAAACUCAUCUUCUAAGUGAGCAACAUAAAAACUUUGCACAGAGUAAUCACUAUCAAGUUGUUGAUGAUAUUGUAUCUAAGUUAAUUUUUGACUUUGUGGAAUAUGAAAGAGACAUGCCUAGAAAUAAAAGAAUAAAAUACAGUAUUGGAUCCCUUUCUCCUAUUACUACAAGUGUCUUGAAAAGGUCUGAACCAAAAGAAAAGCUAGAAUUGCAACAUACUUCUCACAAAGACUUCAAGGAAAAUAAUGUACAGGUAGUUGAGCAGCGUUUCCUGUAUAAAGAAGUCCAGGAACCUGAACGGAAGUUUGUGUUUAUUUCAGAAUGCAUCCCCUGCCCUUCAAGUGAAUUGAGAGGACUCGAUGAGAAAGCAAAUAGUAAAUGUUCCAAGUUAAAUCCAGUUGAAAAUGACCUAAAACAAAAUUUUACACAUCUACCUCCACGUAAAAAUAAACAGGGAUGUAUUCUUGACAUUUCUGAACAUAAAUUAAUGAUAAAUGAAAGUGACUUAGAAGAACUAAGUGUAGAUCGCUGUCCAUGUAGGCUACAGACAUCUGUACAAGUUUCUAACGUCAGUAUGGAUAAUACUGCAUCUCAACCAAAACAAAAGUCAGAUACUGUGCUUUUUCCAGCAAAGAAUGUGAAGGAAAAGGACCUUCAUUCAAUAGUUGGUCAUGAUUCUGGUCUGUUAGCAAUAAACAGUUCACAGGAGCACCUAACAGUUCAAGCAAAGACUCCAUCCCAAAGUCCCCCUGAGGAACCCAGUGAAUGCAACUUCAACAAUGUGGAUAGUUUACCUUCUGGUAAGAUCCAUCGGAAAGUGAAAAUAUUAUUAGGAAGAAAUAAAAAAGAAAAUCUGGAACCAAAUGUGGAAUUAGAUAAGAAAAGAACUGAAUUUAUUACACAAGAAGGAAACAGAAUUUGUAGUUCACCAGUACAAUCUCUACUAGACUUGUUUCAGACUAGUGAAGAGAAGUCAGAAUUUUUGGGUUUCACAAGCUACACUGAAAACAGUGGUAUAUGUGAUGUUUUAGAUAUUUGGGAAGAAGAAAAUUCAAAUAAUUUGUUGUCAGUGUUUUUCUCUUCCCCUUCAACUUCUACAUUUACUGGCUUUUAGACUUGAAAUACUUUUCAGAAGUGAUGAAGAUCAUAUUCUUGAAAAUUUUAAUAAUGUGUAUGAGAAUGCUUGGUUUAUUUUCUUUUUGCCAACUUUGUUUACAGAACUAAGUGUAAAUAUUAACAAUAAAGGUGAUGUUUGCAUUUUU